AUGUCGAAGGGCUGCUAUACCUGUCGUCGCCGCCGCAUCAUCUGCGACAACGGCUUGCCAACCUGCCGCAAGUGCCGCGAUGCGGGGAAGGAAUGUCUGGGGUAUCAGAAGCCCCUCGUCUGGGUCAAGGGAGGUGUGGCCAGUCGGGGAAAGAUGAUGGGUCGCAGCUUUAAUGAGGUUAUGCGCCCUUCAGAUCUUAGGCGCGGUGACUCGAGCCCCUCUUCCUCCAGCAAUGCGUCGCCGCCGUCAGCUGCCGAUUCGCCUACCCAGUCUAUCGACAUCAGCUUAUGCGUACCCCCCAACGUGUCGGGCAUCCAGGGUAUCCCAGAACCGAUCCAGUCGGAGGAUAAUGAUGAUCAGGAUACGCAAGUUGUCUUGCAAAGAGCUACUUCCGUCUCCGCACCUUGGGGCCUGGUGGAUCCGCUGUUUAAGGACCUGAGUCAGCUGUCACGGUUCUACAUUGUGCAUUUCAACCAGAACCUUGCCAAUUACCUCACCCUCUACUCCGAGACCGGUAACCCGUACCGUGACCUCAUUCCCCUGGUCGGCGACUCUCCUCUUCUCGCCCACGUUCUCGCUGCCACCGGUGCCUUGCAUUAUGCCAUCCUGGCAAGCGGGGACUUUUCCCUGACGCCAUGGUUGUCGGAGGGUUCCCCAGCAGACCGCACCCUCCUGUCUCCCGAAGAGGUAGAAAAGUCCGUGAUCACCUCGAUGUCUCGGCGCCCGUCGUCCAAGGUAUAUGAACAUUUUCUCGGACUCAAGCAGCGCGCCUUAGGGCAGUUAUCGAACGAUAUCCGGGAUCCCGUCUUACGCAAUGAUAACAGGACCCUUGCUGCGAUCACAGUACUCGCUCUUAUGGAUGCCAUUGAAUCGGGAGAUGGUGCCUGGAAGUUCCACCUCGAAGGGGCCAAAAAGCUUCUCAAAGGCCGCCAAGAACAGGGGGCCUCCAGUCCGCCUCAAUACCUCGUCAAGUGGCUGGAAGAUUUCGCUGUCGACGGCAUUCUCCUCAUCCAACUCAUGGGCUCCACCCUCGCUCGCCCAGGGUCCCUGACCAAACCCUUCUAUACCUCCAGCAUGGGCCCCGCCAUGCUCAAACGCCUCGAAGAAACCUCCUACGUCGGCUGUCCAGCCUAUCUCCUCGAAGUCAUCCUACUCAUCCACGCCGGCCUCUACUUCGACCCGGACGUCGACCCCAACUCACAGCCCUCCAUGAUCUUCACCUCAGCCUUCCUCUCCCAAGACACCAACCCCCUCCAAUCCCCCGGCGCUCUCCUCCAACACAUCCAAGCCUUCGACCCCUCCGCCUGGGCCGAGUCCAUGCAAAGCUGCUACUACCUCGCAGAUCUCUCCAUGCGAACCGCCCUAGCCACCGUCUUCAAAGGCGCCGUCUACCUCUACGCCAGCCGCGUUCUCUCCCGCCCGCGUCCCGGCGCCGCAACCAUCCCCAACCACUUCGGACUCCCCUCCGACCACGCCGAAGUGGCAGACCUCAUCAUCCGCAAAAUCGCUCUCAUCCCUAUCGAAGAUCCCCAUUUCAAAUGCCUCAUUUGGCCCACCUUCAUUGCCGGCGCAGAAUGCAGAGACCCCUCCCAGCGUCCCUUUGUACUCAAUAAACUGCGCGCUCUGUACUUCAACAUCACCAGCGUGAACGUCCGCAACGCAGCUUGGGUUUUGAGCCUGAUGUGGCAGAAACAGGAUCAGAAGAAGGCUGAGAAGGAACAACAGCAGCAACGGCCUACAACUACCACCGAUAAUUACCCCCAUGACGAUGUUAAUGAUGAUGACGAUGACUUUGAUUGGAUUCAGGAAUUGGAUAAUUCCAGGAUUGACUGGUUGUUUAUAUAA